GAAGACUUUCACAAUCUCUCCUAAAGUCUUCAUCUUCAUAUCAACUCUAAAUCUCAGAUCAAUGGGUUGCUUUUCCAGUAAAAGCCUACACCUACCAGUGAAGAAAACCAUACUUGACAAACCAACCGAGGACAUCAAGAAGCUUUUCAUCUUCCAUGAGAAACUCGGUGAAGGGCAAUUCAGCAUCACUCGCAAAUGCGAGGAGAAGUCUACUGGUAAGCUCUACGCCUGCAAGUCCAUACUCAAGACGAAGCUAAAGAGUAAAGAAGAUGAGAUCUCUGUGAGGAGAGAGAUCCAGAUCAUGAAGCAUUUGUCUGGACAACCAAACAUUGUUGAGUUCAAGAGUGUUUACGAAGACCAAGACUCUGUACACUUGGUGAUGGAACUUUGUGGUGGUAAAGGCUUAUUCGACAAGAUGGCUAGUUCUCAGGGGCAUCCUGAGAAAGAUGUUAUUGGAAUCAUCAGGCAGGUUGUGAAUGUUGUGCAGGCUUGCCAUUUCAUGGGUGUGAUGCAUCGUGAUAUCAAGCCUGAGAACUUCUUGUUUUCGAGUAACGAUGAGAAUGCUAUGCUCAAAGCAAUCGACUUUAGAUGUGCUGUCUAUAUAGAAGAAGGAGAAAUACACAAUGAUCGCGUUGGGAGUAGUUAUUAUGUUGCUCCUGAAGUACUCCACGGAAGUUAUGGGAAAGAAGCUGAUAUAUGGAGUGCAGGGGUUGUUUUGUACAUCCUUCUAUGCGGCCAACCUCCCUUUGUGACCAAACCUGAGGAACAGAUGCUCUAUGAGAUUCAGAAUGCUCCAAUUGAUUAUGAGAGCCAUCCAUGGCCCUGUAUAUCUUCAGCGGCCAAAGAUCUUGUCAAGAAGAUGCUUAUCAGGAACCCCAAGAAACGAAUCACUGCUGCAAAGGUUCUUGGACAUCCUUGGAUCACAGACGUAGAAGCUUCUGAUAAGCCUAUUGACAGCGUUGUUUCAACACGUUUGAAACAAUUUGGUAACAUGAACAAGCUCAAGAAGGUAGCUCUUAAGGUUAUGGCAAAGAAUCUAUCGGAAGAGGAAAUCAAAGGUCUUAAAACAACGUUUAGUAAUAUUGAUACAGAUAAAAGUGGCACAGUCACUCAUGAAGAACUCAAAAGAGGGCUAACUACACUUGGCUCUAAAGUCUCUGAAACCGAAGUGAAGCAUCUCAUAGAAGCCGCUGAUGUGGACGGUGAUGGAAUAAUCGACAUAGACGAGUUUAUCUCUGCGAUGUUGGAUAGAUUCAAACUGGACCAAGAUGAACAUGUUCACCAAGCAUUCCGACACUUUGACAAAGACAACGACGGGCGAAUAACGAGGGAUGAGUUGGAGAUAGCAAUGCAGGAGUAUGGUGUCGGAGAUGAAGAUAGCAUCAAACAAAUUACAUCAGAAGUUGAUACCAAUAAUGAUGGAAGCAUAGACAUCGAGGAAUUUUGCACAAUGAUGAGAAGUACAAGGACAUAGACACAAAUGAAAAUUAUUCCGGUCAGUUGAUCAUAUGUUGUUCUUGUGUUCACCCGAAAUAACAAUUCAGGGAAGAAGAGAUUAUUAACACCUGACCUGAUUAAACCGAGGUGAGAGUAGUUGAUCUUGAGAGUUGAAACUUCGCUCCUUGCAAGCAAUCCCACUUGUAAUUUUAUUUAGAAGCUUAUCAUAUAAAGAGUAAUGUAUUUUCCUUAAAAGUGUGUGUAAGGAAUUUAGUAUGGUCUUAUAUUUAAGGUAUGUUCUUAACAUAGUUUCCAU